GUCUCCUUGUUGACUCGCAAAAAAAAAUCCAAACAUAAUCUUCAAAAGCCGCCUCCCAAUCAUCAAAUGCUCGGAAGCAAAAAGAACUCCUCUCUUUUCCCUGGAUCCUUCAACCUCCUUUCCUCUUUGACGCACAGUCCGAAAGUUCCCCAGCCUCCGUGAAACCUUUCUAGUUGCCACAUUAUUCAUAACUAAAUUCCAGAAAAAUAGAAGAAAGUACAUGCUUCCAUGCUCAUCUUGUUCAUGGAGCCAGCUGAGGUAUUUUCAUCAAAUUCAUGCACUGAAAUCUGCCCCUGUUUUCUUCUUUGCUGUUUUUGGUUUUUAUUUUAGAACUUUUAUCAAACAAACGCUUUGGUUAGAAAGCUACUUUUCCCACACCCAGUUACAGAGAAUUUUCUAGUUCAACAAGUAGCUCUGUCUUGGAGGUUCCCUUCCUUCUCCUCUGUCCCCUCCUUUCCAAUCUAUCGCCUUUUGAUGCAGAUGCCGCCGCUCUCUUUCAGUUUGGUGCAAGUUUUAUUUUUGCUAGCCGUAGAGAUUGCGUUCUCCUUCAUGCCAACCUAGUCGCCUAAAUCUGCUCUAAAACCCAUGAUUCAUGCGAAAAAGGUGAAAAGAAUACAUUCUCUCACACUCUAUAUAUCCUCCUCAAUUCCUCGUCAAGGCUAACUUUUAGAGCUUUGACUGUUCCUCAUUCCACCUCCUCCUACUACCAACCACAUUGGAUUAGAGAUGCACAAGCCCAGAUCAUUUUGGUUCCCCAUUUUCUUCUGUUCCAUUGUCUUCUUUGGUGUUGAAGCUCUGCAAAUUCCGCUUGGUUCCAAGCUCUCUGUUGCAAAGCAUGACCACUGGAUUUCCCCAAAUGGGAACUUUGCGUUCGGGUUUUUUAACCGCUCUGAUCAGCCUAACCAAUAUGGAGUUGGUAUUCGUUUCAACUCGAUGUCGAUGCCGUCCCCUGAGCAAGCGCUUGUCUGGGUUGCUGGGGCUCAUGUUUCUGUUGGAUAUAAUUCAUUUAUUCGCCUCACUGAGGCUGGAGAUCUCGUUCUCUUUGACUCCUUCAAGGAAGCUGUGGUUUGGAGUAGCAACACUCACAAUUCCUCUGUUGCUUCGGCCAGUCUCCGUGAUGAUGGGAAUCUUGUUCUCUUGAAUGCACACCAGGAUGUUGUUUGGCAGAGCUUUGCUACUCCAUCAGAUACGCUUCUUCCAGGUCAGAACCUUACCUCCUUGCAGACGCUUCGAGCGGCCAGCUGGAAUUUUGUAUCGAGUUACUAUACUCUGUCAAUGGAUACUUCUGGCCAGUUGAAACUUAGCUGGGAGACUAAUGUCACUUACUGGAAGACUGAGGCCACUUCCUUAAAACCAAUUCUUGCUGCUGUCUUCACUGAAGAAGGGGCAUUUCAGCUUCUGGACAUGAGGUCAAGGCCUGUUUGGUCGAGGUUCGGAGAUGAUCAUAAUGAUUCCUCUGUGAGUUUCCGGUUUCUAAGGCUAGAUGCGGAUGGAAAUCUCAGAAUGUACUCAUGGGCUACAUAUUCCAAGUCAUGGAGGAAGGUGUGGCAAGCUGUGGAGAAUCAGUGUGAUGUCUUUGCUACGUGUGGAUUGUCUGGGGUUUGUGUUUUCACUUCAUGGGGAAACACGACUUGCGAGUGCCCGUUUGGAUCAAACACUUCAAAUUUGAACUGUUUGGCUCCAUACAACCAGACAUGCAGUUCUGGAUCAACUAUGGUCACACUUAAGCACACAUUGUUAUAUGGAAUUUACCCACCAGAGGAUUUUAUCACUCAGUGUAGCAUCGAGCAGUGCUGGAAUUCAUGCUUACAAGAUCCUCGUUGCACGUCAGUAAGUGUUACUAAUGAUGGUGAGGCUCGGUGCAAAAUGAAAAGAACUCGGUUCAUAACAGGCUAUCAGAACCCCUCUUUGAGAUCCAUAUCCUUUUUUAAGGUCUGCCUGGAUCCAAUUGCUGUACUACCUCAAAAUGUUCCUACAUCUUCUUCACCUUCUUCUGCAUCUUCUCUGCUUAAAAAAUUAUCCAAACUCCGCAUGUCCUCUGCUGUCGGGCUAGCUUCAGGCAUGAUUGUUGCCUUUCUAGUAUUCCAAAUUGGUAUAUUUCUUUACUUCUUGAAGAGAAGGAAAGCCGCUAAGAACUCGGGACCUGCAUGGUACUCAUGUCAGAAUUCAAUUGGUUUGAUCUCAUUAUCCUACUCAGAGCUGAAAGAUAUAACCAGUAACCUCAAGCACCAGCUUGGUUUGAAUCUGUACAAGGGUGUGCUUCCAACCAACCAGGAGGUUGUCAUCAAGGAGCUGAAAUCUGAUGUGGAAUGUGGGGAAAACAUAGGAGAGAUGCAGUUCAGGUCUUGGAUUUCGGUAUUGGGUGUCAUCCACCAUAAGAAUUUAGUGAAGUUGAAGGGUUACUGUGGCAAUUCUGGCCAAAGAUUUGUCAUAUAUGAGUUUUUUAAGAAUGCUUCAGUUGAUAAAUGGCUACAAGAUGGUAAACUCAGCAGGAGGCUAACUUGGAAGAAAAGGGUGGAGAUAUGCAUAGGAGUGGCUAAAGCAUUAGCUUACUUGCAUUCUGAGUGCAGGGAGUUUGUCAGCCAUGGGAACUUGAGAUGGGAGAAUGUGGUCCUCGAUGAAGAGUUAGAAGCAAAGGUGACUGAAUUUGGUCUGAUGAGGUUCAGCAGUAAUGCCAUCCAAAAUAGCCAGGAGGCUGAAGUGGAUGUGGCGAGGUUUGGUGAAAUGAUUGUGAUUAUGGUGAGUGGCCACCAAGGAGAGGCUGAUGUAUGUAGUUGGGCUUACAAGGAGUGGGUGGAGGGAUGUGCAGUAAAAGUGGUGGACUCGAGGCUUGGAGGGAAGUUUGAUGUAGAAGAGGUGGAACGCAUCUUGAGGGUUGCAUUUUGGUGCAUCCAGCCUGAUGCAAGGCUGAGACCCAUGAUGGGGGAAGUACUGAAAGUGUUGGAAGGUACACUCUCUGUCGAUCCUCCACCACCUCUCUACCAUUGCUCGAAGCCCCUGGAGGAAUCACAUUCUAUACAGUAAGUCCGUUCCUAUAAAUGAUUAACAGUUCAUAAUUCAGAAACAGUGGCUUGAUUAGGUUGAUUCAAGUACAAGAUUGACAUGGAAAAUGAUUAGAAUGUCAGCAGUUUUUUAAGGGCGUAAAUGUAUGACAGCUUGAAAGAGAGAGGGAUUGGGGAUAUUGUUCUUGUUGUAGUAAUGGUAGGCUAACAAUCGCAGAGAUUAGUUUGGCAUAGGCGAAUUUCUGAGCAGCCUAACUGUUAGUACUCGAAGAGUACUGUAACAACUUGCAAGUUAUGUGUUUUUGUCUUAAAUUUAGAACAUGUUCCAUUUGUAGAGAUGAUAUGAAUUGUUUAAUCUGAGUAAGUCUAUAUGUCCUGUUCCUUAUCUAACAGUCUAACACCGAUGGGACAUCAGCAGAUCAAAAAUUCAUGGUCAUUUAAGCAUUGAACUCAUGGUGUAGGUUAUUUAAUUCUUGAGCCAUUUCCAACCUUAAACAUAUGUAAUUUCACGUCUCCUCGAAACUUUUACAGUCUCAUGGUCAAUGUUUGUUGAUGGUAACUCUUAUCAGUCACUUUCCUUCUUAGGUUUAUUUAUGUAUCUUUGGUGAGCUGUGUCUUAAGUUGGAUGUUGUGUUGUUUUUUACAUUGUGUUUCUUAUUAGUCUGUAUUUCUUGUAAGUCAGGAAAUCUUUGGAAAUAAUCCAUGCUUACCUUUAACCGA